CGCUGGGGUAAAAGAAAAUUGAAAGAUUAUAAAUGAUUAUAUAGGAUAUUUGCAUUACACAAUGUAAUAUAACGACAAGAUCAACUGUUCAAGUCUCAAGGUCGGUCAGCUGAUGACAAAAAUUAGUUAAAUAACAUCGUUCAAAUGACGAUUGUAAACAAUGGCCAGGGGAGCUUGCUUGCGCUGUUGCGCAUAUGACAGAUAUUUCCAAGUAUUUUAAAGCAGUUUUAAUCUAAAAUCGCAUCAGAAAUGAAUCAAAUGGCAGGCAACGAAGACACGCGUUCGGUCGCUUCGUCUAAGUAUGGAAGAUCCCCGAAAUCUGGUUUAAAUGGCUCGCUUACGAUGGCUAGUGGUCGGUAUCCACAGAGCGAGACUGCUAGUUUUUCCACGAGCAUGGGACGAUUUGAUACCUGUAUUUUAGGAAGAGAGAUAAUUGAACCACAAAAAAGACACACGCUGUACAAGAUUGAAGUUGACGGAGGUUUUAAGAAAUGGGUUAUCUAUCGAAGAUACAGAGAUUUUGUUUUGCUCAAUAAGAAGUUGAAGAAAUUAUUUCCAAACUUUUUGCUGACACUUCCUCCCAAACGAGUUUUUGGUGAUAAUUUUAAUAAAGAUUUUGUUCAAAGGCGACAAGAAGGUCUCAAUGAUUUUGUGAGAAACAUUUUAAACCACCAUGAAAUAUCUCAAAGUGCACCAGUCGUUCGUUUCUUUCGAUUUGAAAACCCACCACAACCACAUGAGAGCCUGGAUGCAAGUCAGAACUACUGCGAAGACUUGGAACAGACAAUUGUUGAACUAAGGCACAACUGUCGGGAACUUGAGGAUGAAAUACAGAGUUUGAAAAAUGAGUUAGAUCAUUCUGUUCAUUACCAACGAGAAGCUCAGGGUUUGGCCUCUCAUUAUGAAAUGCAAUUCUCAUAUCAAGGAUCAGAGUUGCAGGAUUUAAAUCUCAAAGUGAAUAUGGCACAACAAGCUGAAAAUCAAGCAAAAACUGAACUUGAAGAGCUCAAAGUAGAGAUUCAAACAGAACGAGCGCAUGUUAGAGCCGCAAGAGAUAUCGAGAAACACAAACAAGCAGAAUCACUGGAGACCAAGUGGAGUGAAUUUCGUUGUGGAACAGAAGAUGUGAACACACAUUUAGACAGUCUUUUGAAGUCUUUUAGUCAGUUAUCAAAUGUCCAUGUUACUUUUGCUGAUAAAAGUUUCGAAUUCAAACCAUCAGAAACAAUGGUUGGAAAUACGGAAGAUUUAAAAAAGGCAAUUGAUAAAACAAGGCAACAACAAGAAUCCAUUUAUAAAAAUAUGGUUGAGAUGUACAACAAAGAGGUACACGAAUUGAAAGCCGAACUUGCCAGGCAAGAUUUCAUAACACAGACCAGAACACAAGAAGCUGAAACACUCAAAGGCGAAAUGAAAGAAAUACAAUCGAAGCACGCAAAUGAUAUCAUGGAAAAAGAGAAAAUAAUUUAUGAUCAAAAACGACAACUCGCCGAAUCACAGUCCAGUUACAUCAAUAUGGAACAGAAAUAUUUUUAUGCCCUUCUGCUGGGAGUGAAGUUGAACAUGGUGAUUUGCGGCUUCUCUAUGAGUGAAAUAAAUUUUAUGAAACCUCAGAAUUUAUACAAUCGUGCAAAGGCAAGUGGUUUAGAUAUUGACAACUGGCCUGGUUGGGUUUCCAGGGAGCUGGCGUCAAUCUCUAGCGCUGUUUCAUCAUCAGGCAUCUACUAAUAAACUAUUAAAUAAUCAUUCAUUCUACUAUUUUAAUUUAUGAAUUAAAUAGUGCUUUAUUUGGGAAUUGAUACAUUCCUUUUGUACAUAUGUUUUAAAAUUAGAGUUGCAUAUACAAUAGAGAUAUUUUAAAAUUCAUUCAUGAACAUUUUACAUAAGAAUUAUUGUAAUUAAAUCAGAUGCUCUGAAGUACAUAUUAAGCAUUGGUUAAGCAAGUUCCAUUGCGCAUUAUCAGCAGCAAGACUGCAAGAGGUUACUUGAGAUAACAAUGGAAACAUUUGUUCACAGUUUACGCAAUUCAAUCUUGUCGGAUUCAGUUCACUUCUGAAGGAUGUUUUAUACAGUCGGUUGUCUUGUAAUAAAUAUGGGCAGCAGAUUAACUAAAGCCAAUGCAGCACUACUGCACCAGCAAUAAUGAUAGAUAUUCCAUAUGCCAGGAGUAGAUUGGAUCCAACAAGAUUGGGCAACAUGAACAGACAUGUAAACGAUUCAAAUUUUCAUACUGACAACAUAAACACAGUAAGCCGUAUGUAGCAUAGUAUGGUUAAAAUGAUUCAUUUUAUUUGAUUAUCUUAUUUGUCACAAUAAUACUUGCAAGAUUUACUUGGUCUGCUACAUACAUACAUGCAUACAUACAUACAAUGUAUAAUACCAAUUAUUAUUGCCUCAUAUUAUUCAGUUAUUUGUAAUUAAUUUGCAAUAAUGCACUGCAGUCUAAUGGAAAUGCAAAAACAUUGGAACAACAUAUCCUGAACAGUAGAUCCUCGCCUUCUAAUCCUUCCUCGUGAUCUUCUAGUUGUAGUUAUAGAGUUGUCUGCAGGAGAUUAAAUAUCGAUAGUUUUGAGUUCUCUGUUCCUACACGAUGUCUUAUUAAACUGGCAUUUC